CAACAAUCACUGCUCUGGCAUUAAUGCUACUCUCUUCAGCUCCACAAUGUCUUUGUGUGAGAGAAUCAAAGAUGGUGAAUUAUCUUCAAGUAUCUUCUUUGCCGACAAUUAUUUCAAUGAAAGACAGCAAGCCUUUGCCCAUUGAAACCAUUUUCAAGCUGCCUUCCCCAGCACCCACUUGGCCUCCAGGUGAAGGUUUUGCAAGUGGGACUAUUGAUCUUGGAGGAUUACAAGUGUAUCAAAUAUCAUCAUUCACCAAAGUUUGGGCUACCAAUGAAGGUGGCCCUGACAAUCUUGGAGCAACAUUUUUUGAACCAGCUUCCAUACCAGAAGGAUUCUUCAUGCUUGGUUCCUAUAGCCAGCCCAACAAUAGGCCUCUAUUUGGAUGGUCUCUUGUUGGAAAAGAUGUCACAGGAGACCCCUCAGGAGGUGCUCUAAAGCAGCCAAUUGACUACACUCUUGUUUGGAGUAGCGAGGCUUUGCAAAUUAAGCAAGAUGGUCCUGGCUAUAUCUGGCUGCCAACACCACCUCAUGGCUACAAAGCCAUUGGUCAUGUGGUUACAAACUCGCCUGAGAAGCCUUCCCUUGACAAAAUCCGAUGCAUUCGCUCUGACCUCACCGAUGUUUCUGUAAUUGAUGCAUGGAUUUGGGGGUCAGAGAAGGGGAUCAAUGUAUACGCCUCAACACCAACUGAUAGAGGGACCCAAGCUUUAGGUGUGCCCACUGGUACAUUUAUAGCCCAAAUUAUUGGUUCUGCAUUACCCCUAGCUUGUUUGAAGAAUGUCAAAGCUAACUCAAGUGCUAUGCCUAAUCUUAGCCAAAUUCAGGCACUAGUUCAAGCUUAUUCUCCAUGGAUUUACUUUGAUCCUAAUGAACAAUACCUUCCCUCUUCAGUUGGUUGGUUCUUUGAAAAUGGGGCACUACUUUUCGAAAAAGGCAAAGAGUCAGAGCCUGUCUCUAUUGAACCAACAGGCUCAAACCUUCCCCAAGGUGGUUCAAAUGAUGGUGCCUAUUGGUUAGACCUUCCGGUUAAUGGAUCAACCAAAGACUAUGUCAAGAAAGGAGAUUUACAAAAUGCUGGGGUAUAUUUACACAUCAAACCUGUGUUUGGUACGACAUUCACAGAUAUAGCCAUAUGGGUCUUCUACCCUUUUAAUGGAGCAGCAAGGGCUAUUGUUGAGUUUAUUUCUAUUUCCUUGGGAAAAAUAGGCGAGCAUGUUGGCGAUUGGGAACAUGUGACAUUGAGGAUCAGCAAUUUCAAUGGGGAGCUAAAAAGUGUAUAUUUUUCACAACACAGUAAAGGGAUAUGGAUUGAUGCUUGGGAGCUUGAGUUCGAAAAUGGUAAUAAGCCUGUGACAUAUGCAGCAUUGCAUAGCCAUGCCUUUUUCCCAAAAGUACAAGGAAACAAAGGGAUAGGGAUAAGGAAUGAUACUGGAAAAGGCAAGAUAGUCAUGGACACUGGAGUAAGGUUUUUGGUGGUUGGCGUGGAGUACUUGGGGUCAACGAUUGUUGAGCCACCAUGGUUAAACUAUGCUAGAGAAUGGGGUCCAAAUAUCAGCUAUAACACAGCGGAUGAGAUCAACAAGGUCGCGAAAGCACUGCCUGGGAAGCUGAAAAAAGCAUUUCUGAACUCUGUACAGCGUCUUCCUAAUGAGGUACUAGGUGAACAAGGCCCUACUGGCCCUAAAUGGAAAGAUAAUUGGAGUGGAGAUGAAAGAGUAUGA